AUGGUCGCUGUUUUCGCUCUAUGGUUAUAUACUCUUGAGGUCGCGUUGUGUUCUUUAUCUCUAGAUACUUUAUUAACUGUAUGUGCAGCUAUCUAUCCGCCUCUAUGUACAUCUAGCUAUCCGCCUCUAUGUACAUCUAACUAUCUGCCUCUAUGUACAUCUAGCUAUCCGCCUCUAUGUACAUCUAGCUAUCCACCUCUAUGUACAUCUAGCUAUCCGCCUCUAUGUACAUCUAGCUAUCCGCCUCUAUGUACAUCUAGCUAUCUGCCUCUAUGUACAUCUAGCUAUCUGCCUCUAUGUACAUCUAGCUAUCCGCCUCUAUGUACAUCUAGCUAUCCACCUCUAUGUACAUCUAGCUAUCCGCCUCUUCGUACAUCUUACUAUCUGCCUCUAUGUACACCUAGCUAUCUGCGUCUAUUUACAUCUAGCUAUCCGCCUCUUUGUACAUCUAGCUAUCCGCCCCUAUGUACAUCUUGCUAUCCGCCUCUAUGUACAUCUUGCUAUCCGCCUCUAUGUACAUAUUGCUAUCCGCCUUUAUGUACAUCUUGCUAUCCGCCUCUAUGUACAUCUAGCUAUCCGCCUCUAUGUACAUCUAGCUAUCCGAAUCUAUGUACAUCUUGCUAUCUGCCUCUAUGCACAUCUAGCUAUCCGCCUCUAUGUACAUCUUGCUAUCUGCCUCUAUGCACAUCUAGCUAUCCGCCUCUAUGUACAUCUUGCUAUCUGCCUCUAUGCACAUCUAGCUAUCCGCAUCUAUGCACAUCUAGCUAUCCGCCUCUAUGUACAUCUAACUAUCUGCCUCUAUGUACAUCUAGCUAUCCGCCUCUAUGUACAUCUAGCUAUCCGCCUCUAUGUACAUCUAGCUAUCCGCCUCUAUGUACAUCUAGCUAUCCGCAUCUAUGCACAUCUAGCUAUCCGCCUCUAUGUACAUCUAACUAUCUGCCUCUAUGUACAUCUAGCUAUCCGCCUCUAUGUACAUCUAGCUAUCCGCCUCUAUGUACAUCUAGCUAUCCGCCUCUAUGUACAUCUAGCUAUCCGAAUCUAUUUACAUCUCGCUAUCUUCCUCUAUGCACAUCUAGCUAUCCGAAUCUAUUUACAUCUUGCUAUCUGCCUCUAUGUACAUCUAGCUAUCCGAAUCUAUUUACAUCUAGCUAUCUGCCUCUAUUUACAUCUAGCUAUCCGCCUCUAUGUACAUCUAGCUAUCCACCUCUAUGUACAUCUAGCUAUCUGCCUCUAUGUACAUCUUGCUAUCUGCCUCUAUGUACAUCUUGCUAUCUGCCUCUAUGUGCAUCUAGCUAUCUGCCUUUAUGCACAUAUAGCUAUCCGCAUUUAUGUACAUCUUGCUAUCCACCUCUAUUUUGUGUUAUAUUUAGCAACAGUUUAAGUGAUGACAUCAGAAUUUCUGUUGUAUUUAGCAACAGUUUAAGUGAUGACAUCAGAAUUUCUGUUUUAUUUAGCAACAGUUUAAGUGAUGACAUCAGAAUUUCUGUUGUAUUUAGCAACAGUUUAAGUGAUGACAUCAGAAUUUCUGUUGUAUUUAGCAACAGUUUAAGCGAAAACAUCAUAAUUUCUGUUGUAUUUAACCACCGUCCUCGAUGUUACAAUUUACAAUGA